GUUUGUAAACUUUGUCCUCCACCAGCAUCAGCAGCAAGUGGAUGGUCAGGGCUGUGCCUGCUGCUCUCAGGUUUCCCUCUACCCUAGUCACUCCUCCCUCAUACAGCUGCAGGUGUGCACCUGGCCGGGGAAGAUGCUGCUGCAGGCUGUCCCUUGAUUAAUGUGGCUCUGGCAGAUCAUGCCCUUUCAGACACUGGCCAUGUUCUUAGGCCUGUUCCUGUUGAUUGCUGAUGGCAUGAAAAGGAGACGGCCGAAGAAUUUCCCUCCAGGACCUUUGCCCCUGCCCUUCCUGGGACACAUGCUCCAUCUGGAUUUCAAACAGCCCCAUAGCACCAUAGAGAAGCUUGCUAGAAAAUAUGGCAACAUUUUCAGCAUGCAGUUUGGUAAACUGACAUUUGUGAUUGUAAAUGGAUUCCAGCUGGUGAAGGAUGUGCUUAUCCAUCGGGGUGAAUACUUUCUUGAUCGCCCACAAAUUCCUCUUAUCUACGAAAUCUUCGGUACAUUUGGAUUAGUCACCUCUAAUGGACAUGGCUGGAAACAACAAAGAAGAUUUGCUUUAUCAACUCUAAGAAACUUUGGCCUGGGGAAGAGGAGCUUGGAAGAAUGAAUACAGGAGGAGAGCAGAUACCUCACAGAUGCAAUUGAGGAAGAAAAAGCGGAACCUUUUGACCCUCACUUUAAAAUUAACAAUGCUGUUUCCAACAUUCUCUGUUCUAUCACUUUUGGGGACCGGUUUGACUAUCAUGAUAGUCACUUCCAGAAGUUACUGCAGUUGAUCGAUGAGACUUUGUACCUCCAGGAAACUAUUUGGAACCAGCUGUAUAACUCCUGCCCCACCAUAAUAAUACCUGGACCCCAUCACAUCAUUUUUAAAAACUGGGAAAAACUGAAGUGUUUUGUGAGGGAAAUGAUUGCAAAGCACAAAGAGGACUGGAAUCCAUCUGAACCCAGAGACUUCAUUGACGAUUAUCUGAAGGAAAUUGCAAAGGCUGACGCUGACUCCAGUUUCCAUGAAGAAAAUCUCUUUUUUUCCACACUGGAUCUUUUUUUUUUUGCUGGAACUGAGACAACGUCUACAACCCUCCGCUUGGCUCUGCUGUACAUGGCCAUAUAUCCAGACAUUCAAGAGAGAGUGCAAGUGGAGAUUGAUGCAGUGAUUGGCCAGUCUCGCCAGCCAGCCAUGGGCGACAGGGACAACAUGCCAUAUACCAAUGCAGUUAUUCAUGAAGUGCAAAGGAUAAGCAACAUCGUGCCUUUAAAUGUGCCCUGAAUGGCAACUAGUGACACAACACUGGCUGGAUUCUAUGUGCCAAAAGGCACCAUUUUGAUUCCCAUUUUGACAUCCGUGCUGUUUGACAAGGAUGAGUGGGAAACCCCUCAGACUUUUAAUCCUAAGCAUUUUCUGGAGGAUGGUCCGUUCAGGGAAAGAGAAACUUUCCUGCCAUUCUCUGCAGGAAAGCGUGGUUGCCUUGGUGAGCAGCUGGCUAGAAUAGAGCUGUUCCUGUUCUUCACCACUCUCCUCCAGAAAUUCACAUUCCAAGCUCCGAAGGACAUGAAGCUAAGUCUUCAGUUCAGAAUGGGACUUACUCUUUCCCCGCAGCCAUACCAGAUCUGUGUGCUGUCUCGGUAGGGAAAGCCAGGACAUUUUUGUCAUUGCCCCAUUUCUCAAAAUAAUUAGGGUUUGCUGUGCUUGUAUAUAGGGCUGCAUCUGCCGUUCACUAUGUCUCCAAAUUUCCCUGCCUGCCUCCGUUCUUAUAACCCAACAGGGGCCCAAUAUCAGCAACUGGACGAUUUGGGAACCUGAUUUUGGAAGGGUCUGUGGCUGUUAUGAUACGUCCUACC